CACACUUGGCACUGAGUGUGACUUACUCCAAAGCCGAUUUCCAUGCACUGAAAGCCAAACCUUCCCUCCUGACCCUCUGUACAUUCUCCCCAUUCAGGCUUUAUGUGCACAAUCAGGGCAACCAACUGCAAGAAGAUCUGCUUAUGGGUGCCAUGGAGCUAGCUGGCUGAGAGCAUGGUGCACAGCCCGUCUCCUCAGAGCUUUUUCACCUGUGGAGAAGAAACCUAGCAUGUCUCAGAAAUUCCUGAUGCACGACAGGAGAUUACCAAAACUUCCAGCCUGGGUUAUGCUUGGGGGGAAGAAAUAGACAUCCUAGUUUUGGCACAGUUGUGAAGAACUAGCCUGCCUAAAAGUGCAAACAACCAACCUAUGAACACUGGAGGGCUGGGUUUUUUUUCCCCUUUUUUGUUAAAGGCCUGAAUGAGGUGAUAUUCUACUACUGCUUAGGCUGAGGAGCAGGUCUGUCUGGUUUCUGGGUGCUGUAUUACACCAGCAAGACAGAGCCAGCCAGCCCCACCUAAUUCGGUUUCUCUGGCACCCUCCCGCGCACAGUGACUCUCACACUUAACCCAUUUAUUUCUCUUAUGAACCAACCGGGACAGCUGGGAGAGUUCAGUUCCCAUCUACAAACACUGCCAGCCCUGAAGAUUCCUCUUAAUAGAGUCAAUAGCGAGGAAGGCUACAAUGUUGACUUUAGCCCAGAUUGUGCUGACUUCAACUCUGUUUAUUUCACUGCCCUUUGAGAGCCAUGAGACAGAAAAUCUAGAAAAAAACACAACACAAAGCACUGCAGGAAUUCGAAAGACAAAGGCACAGACACUUGUUUUGGGAACAGAAGCAAAGGCAAACCCAGACCAUGGAAACAGAACUGUCUCCAUCCCCAGGGCGACUGCAUCUGACACAGCAGCUUCCUCCAGGAAUCUGACAAGAGGUGCCUUUACUGCGGCUGUAAGACCCACAGCCGCGUUUUCCACAAGCCCUCCUUUGUUUCACGGCUUUGUCUCCAAAUUGCCUCUGAACUCAUCCCUAGCGGAGAAAAAUCUUUUGCCAGUCUCAGCACACCCCAAUUCUACCUGGACGGCAUCACUGGAUAACCUCAGCUGGUCUCUGGACAACCACACAGUGUACAUUCCUGACAACAGCUCGGCUGGCAUCAGUGUCCUCCCGCCGGUGCCCGCCGCUAACCAACCUGCGACCCCCAUGACAAUAGAGCCAACUGGGUGGCUCACCGCAGACGGCGACACCUUCCCUGAUGUUACUGUAACUCUACAACCCACCUUAAGAUUCACCAAUAAUUCAAAAGUCUUUCCAAGUACCUCUGGGCCCCAGAAAGAGAACAGAAAUACUGGAGUGGUGUUCGGGGCCAUUUUAGGGACUAUUCUGGGUGUUUCCUUGCUCAGUCUCAUCGGCUACUUGCUGUGUGGAAAGAGGAAGACAGAUUCAUUUUCCCAUCGACGCCUUUAUGAUGACAGAAAUGAACCAGUUCUGCGAUUAGACAACACACCAGAACCGUAUGAUGGGGGUUUUGGGGGCCCUAGUUUCUAUAACCCAUCUGUGAAUGACUGUUCGAUGUCAGAAGGCCCAGAAAGCACACGGGAUGGCAUCCCCAUGGACGACAUUCCUCCCCUCCGCACUGCAGUGUAAAGCAGCCCUGCAGAGGCUUCCCACGUACACACAUGGUCACUCUGACAAUGACUGCGUUCAAUAGAUCCAUGCCAGAAGCCCUGACCCUCACCAGGAAAGUGACGCCUUCCUCAGAAGUCUCCAAGCUGAAGAACUCCAACUUGGCUAAAUAUGUUUAAAUUUCAGUUAACUGAAUCCUUUAAAAUUCAUUGAGAAACACACUGAAAAUCAGCCAGAGAAUACACUCAGAAUGUAACCUGCACAGUUGUAAGUUGUUCGGAACAGGAUUUAUUCCAUAUGAGACAUUACUGUUCAAUCAUACACAGAAUAGAUCCUGCAUCUUUAAAUACAUGAAGCAUAAGGAGACAAAAGAGUGCAAACAUUAAACAACGAAAAACCUUCCAUCAUUAUUUUCAUAAGUAAUAAUAUAAAGAGCUUAAUAUGGAUUUGGCUGUUUCAGUUUGUCACACGAUUUUGUCAGCAAGGAAAAGCACUUCAAAGGGCAGAGAGAUCGAGGCUGUAUGGUUAGAAGGCUAGACAAAGAUUAAAUCCCCAAAGAAGCAGCAAAGGGAUGCAGAGGCAAACAAAGCCAGGGCCAGCCUUUAAAAGCUGAAACCAGAGAAAGUAAAAACCAAUACUGCUGAGCUGCCUCAUGAUGCAUGUGCGUGUGUGUGCGUCUGUGCCUGUGUGCAUGCGUGUGUGUGCGUGCAUGCAUGCAUGUGUGUGUGCGCAUGUGUAGAAACACAGCAACGGCCUUAGAAGAUGAGAGCUAGAAUACAAUGAGAGAACGUACUUACCCCAUAUUGCCAUAAAAAUAGCAAAGAAGACUGUCCCUCCAUUGUCAAACAAGUACGUCACCUUAAUGGAAAACAACAAACAAAAUCAAUCAUUUUACUGACUGUAACAAUCCAGUGAUAGCUUUUGAAUUUAGGCACCAUGGCUUCUGCCCCAUGAAAUCACAAUACUUUAAGGUUUAUAAGAUCCUGCAUCUACUUUCUGUGAUUUUCUCGUGGGGAGAAAUGAUGAAACAACUUUUACUUAACUUCUCUUCCCUGAUUCUCCUUUUCUCCCACUUUCACUUUUGCCUAGCAGUUUAUCUAGCAGUCUGAGGACAUACUUGUGGGUCACAGUAAUAUAAACCACAAUAUGGGAUGUAAGAAGUUGGCUUUUCAAGUAAGGUAUGCUAAUGGCUUCUCCUCUCAGCAAAACAUUUGUGAAUGGGGAAUUUUUAAAUUGCAGAAUUGACUUGCAAGCCAGCACUUCCAAUGAGAAGGCUGUGACCCUUCUCUUAAUAUUUCUCAGCAAGUUCCAUGCAUCUAAUAGUGGCUUGUAAAAUAUAAAGAUUCUCAUCUUAAAUUGUUUUCAGAAGUUUCAAAAAUCAUUGGACAUAUAUGUUACUGUCAACAUGUUUUAAAUCAGAUAUUACCCAAAGCUGCAUAAAGAACAAUGUAGUGAUGCAUUUUCAGAGUUGCAAGGAUUGUUUAAUUUUAAUAAAGUUCAGACAUAACAGAA